AUGGAUGGAUGUCUGAGCUCACAGAGGCCGGGUUGCCUUGGGGAAGCACAGCACACCCCAGGUGGCUGGUUAGACGCAGACAAGAAGCGGCCUUUCCAGGAGGAUGGCCCCAGAGGACCCCCACGAGAUUCUCCUGAGAGAGAGCCAUCUCUUCAAAGUCUCCAGACGUUUGUUCCUACAGAUUACACCAGUUACACUCAGGAGAAUUACCUGUAUGCAGGCAAGAAGAUUGUCAUUCAAGAAUCAAUAGAGAGUUAUGGAGCAAUGGUGUGGCCAGGGGCUACAGCAUUGUGUCAGUACUUGGAGGAGCACACAGAGGAACUGAAUCUUCAAAAUGCUAAAAUACUUGAAAUUGGUGCUGGACCAGGCCUGGUUUCCAUUGUGGCUAGUAUUUUAGGUGCUCAAGUCACAGCAACUGACUUGCCUGAUGUCUUAGGGAACCUUCAACACAAUCUUUUAAAAAACACCCUAAAAUGUGCAGCACAUCUGCCUGACGUGAAAGCAUUGGUAUGGGGAGAAGACCUGGAGAAGCACUUCCCCAAAUCAACGUGUUAUUAUGAUUAUGUUGUCGCCUCUGAUGUGGUCUACCACCAUUACUUCCUGGACAAGUUGCUCACCACCAUGGUGUACUUUAGUCAGCCAGGGACAGUGUUGCUUUGGGCAAACAAGUUCAGAUUCAGCACCGAUUAUGAAUUUCUGGAUAAAUUCAAGCAAGUGUUUGAUACAACACUAUUGGCUGAAUGCUCAGAGUCAUCUUGUAAAAUUUUUAAAGGAAUACUCAAAUGGGACUAAAUGAAGCAAAAUGCCUUUCAAAAGCAUUAGUGUGUAUUAUGAGUUGUGUUAGAAACUUCACUAGCAAUACAAAAGUGUUAAUGAAUUUCUUUUAUUAAAGUGAGAAUAGUUCACUGAAACAACUUGUCUGGAUAGACCAAACAUUUUGG